AUGAUAUUUCAUCGAAUCAAGCGGGAUUGCUCGACGGUUUUGCUCUUUAUUUUUGCCCUGUUUUUGGUUUCUUAUUUCGACGAGAGAAAAGUCCGCCACCACCGAUCAGCUGAUGAAGAUUUUGACCCUUCAGAUCUUGAAAAAUUCUUCGAAAAGCAGAAGAAGCACGAAGCACAUGAAAAUGUCCACGUGAGACAUCUAGAACCCUUGGUCCCAAAAAGAAAUUUCCAGAUUUCAUCAUCACAGGGCAAUCCGUUUCUUCUUUCCGCCCCGGGCGAAGCGCACUUUUUCGACAGCGAUGAAAAUUAUGCCCGAGGCGCGGAUUUUUAUCUGUCGAUGAUGCCCAAGGCGAAUGAAUUCCAUCACGUGUUUGAGAAGACUCCGAGUUAUUUGACGCUGAAGAAGGUGCCCGGAAGAAUAGCGCAGUUUAAAAAAGAUAUUAAAAUUAUAGCCAUCCUCUGCGAUCCUGUAAAACGCGCCCUGAGCCACUUCCUCCACGUCCACGCCAAUAAGAUCAAGAUUACAAAGAAUGCAGAACGCAAAGAAGUGCAUUUCGACCCAGACGUCACCCUAAUUGACGUUUUAGGUGACAUUUUCAGCAAGAAAUCAAUCGAUUAUUUGAAGUCGGAUAAGUUCAACCCGCCAAAACAUAAAGCAGCUAGGGCGGAGUUUUGGAAGUUUUUGGAAAAGCACGAAGACCGAAAACCGCACAACUUCGUGACCCGCGGCGCUUAUGCGUUCCACAUAAAUAUUUGGAAGGAAUAUUUCCGCGACGAUCAGAUGCUCUUUAUCAGCGGUUCGGACUUGGCCGCGAAGCCAGCGCAAGUCGUCAUGAAAAUUCAGGACUUUCUCGGAGCGCCGAAGAUUUUGAAUGAAAAUCAUUUUGUUUUCAACAAGACAUCCGGGUUUUACUGCCUCCAAAGUCCAGGAAAACACAAGCCGGAUUGCGUUGGCGCCCAUAGUGGCGGAAAAGGGCGUUCGAAGACAGCUUCUUUGUCGGAAAGCACCACCUAUCUUCUCAAACGCGUCUUUGGCCUCGUCAAAUACGAUCUUGACCAGGCGCUGAAUACGACUGUCAAAUUCUAG